AUGACAAAGAAAGGCCACACCCUUUCUAAGAAGCAAAAGGCUGAAAAGAAGAAGAUGGAUAAAGACGCUGCCACUGCUGCUGCCACUGCUACGGCUGCAGCAGCUGCCGAUGAAGUGAAUUGGACAGUAGCCGAAGCUAUUGUUGCCGGCGUUAACAGUCAGAACAAUGCAACGGAUAGGAGAGAGACCACUCCAUUAAGAGAGAAGUCCAUGAAGAAAGACCCCGAGGGCCAACUAUUGCUUCUACUUCUAAGCUUACAUUUACGAUGCCACGAAGCGAAGCAUGGGGAGCGUUUAAGACUACCCCAACCAAUCUUGAUGAGAUUACUCAGAAGGAUGUUCUCCUAG